AUGGCACUAUCAUAUAGUUUUAGUGGGUUUGCUUAUUUGCAGCUAACCAUACAAAAUUUUCUUGCCAGCGCUACACAAUCCCAACCAAGCCAGGCACGCACCCCUAGGCCCACCUGCACCAAGCACCUGCUCCACGCUGCUCUACGCUGCUCUCUUUACUUACGAGAAACCAACCAUCGCUCAUCCUGCUAUUACGACUCCCUCCCUACCAACUAUUCUUCCAGUCGCCUCUCCUCACUCCACCGUCGCCUCUCCUCACUCCCCACCGUCGCCUCUCCCUCACUCCCCACCGUGGCGUCUCCCUCCCUCCCCAUCAUAGCCUCUCCCUCGGUCCCCUCCGUCGCUCUCCCUUCCUCCUCGCCGUCGCCCUCCAUCCCUUCCCGCCGUCGCCCCUGUGCGCUGGCGCCUAACGCGCUGGCGCCAUGCGCGCUGGCGCCAUGCGCGCUGGCUCCUAACGCGCUGGCGCCAUGCAACGCGCUGGCGCCAUGCGCGCUGGCGCCGUACGCGCUGGCGCCAUGCGCGCUGGCGCCUAACGCGCUGGCGCCAUGCGCGCUGGCGCCUAACGCGCUGGCGCCUAACGCGCUGGCGCCUAGCGCGCUGGCGCCUAACGCGCUGGCGCCAUGCGCGCUGGCGCCAUGCGCGCUGGCGCCAUGCGCGCUGGCGCCAUACGCGCUGGCGCCAUGUGCGCUGGCGCCAUACGCGCUGGCGACUAACGCACUGGCGCCUAACGCGCUGGCGCCAUGCGCGCUGGCGCCAUGCGCGCUGGCGCCAUACACGCUGGCGCCAUGCGCGCUGGCGCCAUGCGCGCUGGCGCCAUGUGUGAACUUGGUGCCAAAACUUCUCCACUACCACUUCUGCUCUCUUUCCUUUCUGCUGCAGAUGAUGCCUUCUGUGCAUGCUGAUGUGGUAUAUUUUAGUCUUGAUGCCUUGGAUUCGAGUUUUAAGCCACACGUGUGA